CGUGUUUACCGGGAUGAGAGAUGGAGAUUUCAGUUCUCAGCAUAAUAUUCUCGGUUCAGUUGUUCUGACAUAAUUUUAAAGCACUUUGACAAAAAAGGAGAAAUUUCAUUUAUUCAGUGUUUCGGAAUCACUCUACAAGUUCUCUGCGAACCCAAGACAUUCGACUUCUCUCAGAACUAUGAGUGAGAACAGUUCAUCUAAUCCUCCCAACAGCACUCAGGGGCCCGCCACAGACAAAAAAGCCCCCCAGCAGAAACCGGUGGACAAAGCAGGGAAGAACCCUACACAAGAACCUGAAGAAGAGAUCGACAUUGAUCUGGAUGCGCCAGAGACAGAAAAGGCAGCUUUGGCAAUACAGAAUCAGUUCAGACGCUUCCAGAAAAAAAAGAAGUAGAAAAGGGAAGAAUGAAUGAAAGAAUCAGUGCAGAGGAUAAAAAAAACCUUCCACAAUAUUCAAAUGGAAAGAAAUUUAAUAAGGAAUAGAUAGGGAAAAGGGAAAAGUCAAGUGUGGGUGGGAAAUUAGGGGUUUGGAAAACAAAUGAUAGCCCAGUAGCAUCAAAAUGCUGGGUUGAUUAGAGUUUAAGACAUAAGAACAGGGGAGGAUUUUCACUUGAGGUUUUGUUCUCGUUGUAUUUGUCUAGAUUUGUCUUCAUCCUUACUCUCCUCUCCUGUAGACAUAAAUAUAGGUAGGAGCAUCAGUUACUGACGUGCAACAUUAUCUAUUAUUUAAUAUAUUCAGUAUAAAGUGAUGCAACAGA